GUGUAGUACACAAGUUGACAAGUCAAAAUGGCUGUACUGUACGCGUACGUUACAACACCAUAAAUACCGACGAACCCUUCUUAAAUUUUCUCUCCUCCCAACCAAAAAAAACAAUAAAUCCGGACAAGAACCAAUAAGCGAUGGAUCAUGACCACAUGCAUGGCAUGACACCACCGCCACCAUCAACAUCCAUGAUGAACAACGCCAACGGAUCAUCAUCAUCCAUGAUGAACCAUCCACAUAAAAUGAUGAUGCACAUGACCUUCUUCUGGGGCACGAACACGGAGGUCGUCUUCUCCGGAUGGCCCGGCACCAGUUCCGGCAUGUACGCGCUCUGCAUCAUCGUCGUUUUCUUCGCCGCCGUCGUGACGGAGUGGCUCGCCCACUCCGCCGCCCUCUGCCGCGGAGGUGCCGUUAGCCGCGCCCCCCCCGCCCUCUGCCGCGGAGGUGCCGUUAGCCGCGCCGCCGGGCUCGUCCAGACCGCCGUCUACACCCUCCGGACAGGCUUGGCUUACCUCGUCAUGCUGGCUCUCAUGUCCUUCAACGGAGGCGUUUUCCUCGCCGCCAUCGCCGGCCACGCCGUGGGUUUCCUGGUUUUCGGAAGUAGGGUUUUCAAGGACUCCGGUGACCGGAAAAUCGCCGAUCUCCCUCCCUCUGGUUGCGCUUGCUGAUGACGAUCUAUUAUUUGUGUUGUGAUGUUGUAUGCAUAUCCUUUUUGUUGCCAAAAUGAUAUAAAUCUUUUUUUGUUGUAAAAAAUGCAAAAAAAAAAAAAAAAUGUUAUUGUGUGGUAGGAAUA